CCGCGAAAGCUAUUUGGGACCAGACCACCAGCAGCUUUUUUCCAUAUUGAUUAGUUAUGUCGCUUUUGUUGUUUACUCGCCACAUUUUUUUUGGCCAGGCCAGUUAAUUGUGUUAAUUCCCGGUGCGCGGGAAAAGCAUCCAAGGACCACGGACGAGAACGCACGCAGGAGGCUUGCGGCACAGUAACAGCCAGAUAGCCAGAAGGAUCCAGAACCAGAACCAGAAGUCGAGUCGCGAGAGAGCGCACAAAAUCCCCCGAUGUCCGCGGGUGUGGGUGGCGGAGGGAGCAUUACCACCGAGCACCACAGUCGCCUCUACUUCCUCAACUCGCCGACGGCGCCGCUCACCGCCCGCGAUCCGUUCUUCAUCAAGCCGGAGUAUCUCAGCUAUGAGAGCCCGAUGCACCAUGCCCUCUAUCCGGGCAACCGGGGCCUCAUAGAGUACAACAACUACACGAGCUCGGCGGCCGCGGCAGCGGCCGUUGCCUCCAGCGUAGCCACCUCCAUUUCGGGAUCGGGCUCCGGCUCGGGAUCCGGUUCGGGAUCGGCAGCGGCAGCCAGCGCCUCGGCCUCCACAGGCAAUAGUGGCGGGACAGCGGCUGUGCUGAGUCUCGAGAGCAGCUUUCCCCAUCAGGGCAAUCCCCACCAGCAACAGCAGCAGCAACAGCAGCAGGGCAACCCCCACCAGGAGGUCCUCCAGCAGCAGCAGCACCCGCUGCACCAUCACCUGUCCGCCGGCGUUGUCGUCGAGGCCGGCAGCGUACUCGGUGGCGUACCUGGGCUGGCCAAUCUUGGCGUGCCGCAUCUUAGUGCACAGCAGGCGAACGCCCAGCCGGGCCAGUCGUCGCGAGCCCAGAAGGCAGCUCGCCGCAGGAGCAACGAGUCGAUCGAGGCCAGGGAAAGGCGGCUGGAGAGGAACGCCGCCCGGAUGCGGGACAAACGGGCUAAGGAGUCGGAGGCCGAGUACCGGGUGCGUCUGGCCAAGAACGCGGAGGCGAAUCGUGUGCGGCGGCAGAACGAAACGGAAGUACAAAGAACCCUAAGACUGAUGAAGAAUGCGGCGCGGCAGCGACUGCGCCGCGCCUCGGAAACCGUCGAGGAGCGCAAGAAGCGGCUGGCCAAGGCCGCCGAACGGAUGCGGGUGGCGCGGGCCAGUGCGCCCAAGGUCAUCAAGCCGCCGCUAGCCGACAGGCUCAAGGGUUACUAAGGGGAUCGCGCGCUCGCUGCAGGAGGACCCGCAACAGAAGGCAAUCCUUUGGAGCUGGCUCUCCAGCGAAGCAGGACGAGGAAGAGGAAGCAGGCCGUUUUGGGACGAACACCCAGGAUCGGCAGUGGAACAGACACACAUCUAUAAAUAAUAUAUAUUGUAUACAGCCUAUAACAUGGAAACCAGUCAGAGAACCAGGAGGAUAACGAGGAUUACGCGGAGUAAGAGAAAUUGAAUGGGCAUCAGGCACUCUAGGGUUAAAGCCAGGCAAUUUUUUUUUUAAGUUAACAUUUAACAAGAUGAAGUAACGUAACGUAACGUAAACGUAAACGUAAAGUAAAGUAUUUUUAUAAUGCAUGCAUUAUAUUCGUACAAUAUAUAUAAAUAUAUAUAUACGCAUAGUUAUGUAUACACACACGACACACAAAAAGCACACACACACAUGAACAUCUAGCAUAGUCAUAGCACACAUAGAGCCCCAAAAAACGGCAGUAAUGUCCCCACUCCCCCGGAAAAGGAAGCUUACAACGCUAGGGUGCCUCACUGUAAAUAAAAGCGGAGGGAAAAUCGCGAGCGACUAGGUACCUCCAGAAUCGAACGCAAAAAAAAAAACGAGAAAAAUAUAGGAGUUUUCAAUAGGACGAGGCAACAAGUGCCUUUCCAGCAAAUCCUCGGGCGAAACUUGCUAUGUAUCGGAAUAUGAUAUUUUUUCCAAAACAACUGAAGCACCCUGGCGUCAAUCAACCCCCAUAUGUGUGUGUAGUUGGUAAAAGCAUGUAACCCAAAACGGACAACGCCACUCACAUAAGGAUAUACACACUUGGCAGCCCCACAUAUGUAUGUAUAUAAUAUAUAUAUAUUACAUAUGUGCAUAUGUAUUUGGAGCCACAUAUGCAUACACACAUGAUCCGUUGCCAGGCACAUAACGCAAUAUUUGUUAUAGCACGCAAUCCUUCUUCCUUCCAUCCCCAUCCCCUCCCCCCCCCCCCCUACCCCAGUCCUUUUCCCACGCCCUUGCCUUUGACGGAUUCAAGACACUUCCGCUCGGGCACACAUGAUAAAUAUAUUAUUCUAAUUAUUAUUAAUAAUACGUAACCGUUAAGUUCUAGUCGAAAUUUCAAAUUGUUUUUUUUUCCUGUCUUUAUACGUUUACCAAUUGUUUUUGCCUUAAGGUUUAAGAUUGAGAAUACAUUUUUGUGUAUUGUAAUAUUCGUGUACACUAAAAAAUAACAACAACAAAAACACACAAAACAUCAACAAAACGAAAACAGAAACAACAAAAACAUAACAAGCGGAAAAACAAGAAAAUAACAAAAUGAAUAUACUUGAAUAAAGUUGAAUUCACAAUUUUUAAA